GUAGGUGAAUGGGGAGCAUGUUUGUUCAUAAAAGCUGUGAUGGUGAUCCAGUUUCAUGUGUUCAGACACAGGCAGGAUCAGACAGGCAGGAUGGUGCAGGUGGACCUGCUGUGGAUCACUGCUGCUCUUCUGUCUUCACCACUGCUCACACUAUGCGACCCACUGUUUGUUGUGUCAGCUCCCCAGAUACUGAGGGUGGGCACAACAGAGAAGGUGUUUGUGGAGGCAUUGAAUUACAAAGAGGAAAAGCCCAUAAAUGUUAUUAUCAGAGUGAUGAACUUUCCCAGCAAUGACAAAGAUCUCUUCUCAACAACUGUGACGCUAAAGCCUGAGGAAAAAUUUCAAGCUUUUGCUAAUGUAACGAUCAACAAUAUCAACAAUAUUUUUCACACAGACUUACAAAAAAAACAGUAUGUUUAUCUGACAGCAAACUUCGAAGGACACUAUUCCAUGGAGAAAAUUGUCAUGGUCACCUUCCAGUCGGGUUAUAUAUUCAUACAGACAGACAAGACAAUAUAUACCCCUGAUAGUACAGUACGAUACAGAGUUUUCCCCUUGAACUUAGAAGCAAAGUCUAGAGUGAGUCCUUUUGUGGUGGAAAUUGUGACACCAGAAGGGAUCAUCAUUCAAAGACACCCACUUUAUACAAUUAGUACUUUUUUCAAGAGCAUGGAGUUUAAACUGGGGAGUCCCAUCAGCACUGGAAUCUGGAAAAUAGUUGGAAGCUUCACGGACAAUCCUAACAAGAAUUUCACAACAGAGUUUGAAGUCAAAGAAUAUGUGCUGCCUAGUUUUGAAGUAAAUCUGAUGCCUGAGAGACCCUUCUUCUACACUGAGGAUGAAACAUUCCCAGUUACAAUUAAUGCCAAGUAUUUGUUUGGUGAAGCGGUUCAAGGCACUGCUUUUGUAGUAUUUGGCAUCUUCAGUGAAGGAAAAAAGACAAGCCUUCGGAGUUCCCUUGCCAGAGUUAACAUUGUUAAUGGACAAGGAAAAGCAGUGCUUAAAAAAGACCACAUCCGUCAAACCUUCCCAAAUAUUGAUGAACUUGUUAGGAAAACACUGUACAUAUCUGUCAGCGUGCUCACUGAAAGUGGAAGUGAAAUGGUGGAGGUGGAGAGAAGGGGAAUUCAUAUAGUGAAAGCACCAUAUACCAUUCACUUCACAAGAACCCCAAAAUACUUUAAACCUGGAAUGCCUUUUGAUUUCAUGGUCUAUGUAACGAACCCUGAUGAGACACCAGCAGAAGGCAUUGACUUACUGGUGAACCCCCCAAAAAAGGAAAAAAAGACAAAUAAUAACGGGAUUGCCAAGUUCACCAUCAACACCUUGAAAGAAGCCUCCAUUCUGAAUUUUACUGUGAGUACACAUACAAAGGGUAUUCCAGCAGAAAAAACGAUGACAGCACAUGCCUACAAGCCUAAAGAUGGAUCCCAGAACUACCUGCACAUAGAUGUAAAUGCUGAAUCAUUGGAAGUCGGGAAACAAGUCACCUUCAAGCUGCAUGUAGACAAGGCCGGGGACCAUGAAUUCACUUAUAUGGUUUUAAGUAAAGGACGUAUUGUAGAUGCCUCAAGAAUCCAACACACAAGUAGUAAAGUGAUAGCUGAGUCACUCGAAGUCACUAAGGAAAUGCUUCCCUCUUUCCGUUUGGUGGUAUAUUACUAUGCUGGAGACUCUGAGGUCGUGUCUGACUCGAUCUGGAUGGACGUAGAGGACACAUGCAUGGGAUCGCUUGAAGUUAAUGUAGAGGAAAGCCUAUAUAAGCCUAGUGAUAUGACUGAGCUGAAAAUCACUGGCGAUCCUGGAGCAAAGGUCAGACUGGUUGCUGUGGAUAAGGGAAUCUAUGUCCUCAACAACAAGAACAGACUCAGCCAGACCAAGAUCUGGGACACCUUUGAGAAGCAUGACCUUGCCUGCACAGCUGGCAGUGGUAAAGACAGUAUGGGAGUUUUCUAUGAUGCAGGACUCCUGUUCAUGUCUAAUUCUGCAGGAAGCACCCCUGACAGAAGAGAUUUCUCUUGCCCAACUGAGGCCAAAAGAAAACGACGCGACCUCACCAAAGCGCAACUCAAAAAGACUCUGGUGGAGGAUUACAGUGACAACCUAAGGCACUGCUGCUUGGAUGGAAUGGUAGAAAACCUUCUCGGUUACACCUGUGAACGCAGAGCUGAGUAUGUUGAGGACGGAGAGGAAUGCCGUAAAGCCUUCCUGAACUGCUGCAAGAAACUGGCUGAGGUAAAGCAGGAGGCAGUUCACGAGGAGCUGCACCUGGCCCGAAGCGAGGAGGAAGAGUAUGAUGAAAACAAGUCUGAUAAUAUUGUAACACGCUCAGUCUUUCCUGAGAGCUGGAUGUGGAUGGAUUUAGAUCUUCCUGACUGCAAAGAGAAACAGAAAUGUGACAAUAGCACCGAACUGAGAUUUCCAGAAUCCAUCACCACCUGGGUGAUCACUGCUAUCAGCACGUCUGCCGACUAUGGUAUUUGUGUGGCAGAACCAAAGGAGAUUGUGGUUAAGAAGUCUUUCUUUGUUGACCUGAAGUUGCCUUAUUCGGCUGUAGUCAAUGAGCAGAUAGAAAUCAAGGCAGUCGUUCACAAUCUCAAUCGUCCUGCAAUCAACAAGGCUAUAGUGGAGCUAAAGGAGACUGAGACUAUAUGCAGUUUUGCCAGCUACAAGAAGAAGUAUCGCACCACUGUGAGCAUAGCUGGCAAAUCAUCACGUGCUGUUUCCUUCGUUAUCAUCCCGCUGGUUCCAGGCCAAUAUGACAUUGAGGUGACAGUCAGGGACCCCGAUGGAGGGUCAGACGGUGUGAAGAAAAAACUGAAUGUAGUGACCCAGGGUGUUCUCAAGUCUGUUGGAGAGCAGACUGUAAUUCUAGAACCUUCCAAACAUGGUGGAACGCAAAGAUCAGAAUUUAAGAGACACUUCCUGGUUAAUCAAAUGCCAGACACGGACGCGUACACCUACAUAGCUAUUAGAGGCAAACCAAUAUCACAGCUGGUAAAUGAGGCCAUCAGUGGAAAGAGUCUAGACAGUCUGAUUAAGGAGCCUCAUGGAUGUGCAGAACAAAACCUGAUCAGAAUGGCCCUGCCACUGCUUUCAACACAUUACCUGGACAAAACCAACCAGUGGGAAGAAAUAGGAGUGGACAAACGCACUGAAGCGCUCGGACACAUUUCUACAGGCUACACAACAGAGCUCAAGUACCGCAAAGCAGAUGGAUCUUUUGCCAGUUUUAAUGCCAACCCAGGCAGCACUUGGCUAACUGCAUAUGCUGUCAAAAUGUUCAGUAAGGCAUCCAAUCUGGUCAAAAUAGAUCCGGAUGUUAUCUGUAAUGCCAUCAGAUGGUUGAUCCUGAAGACACAGAUGCCUGAUGGGGUUUUCAUUGAGAUGGGGAGAUCUCCCUCCAGUGCUGUGAGGAGCAAAUCUACACAGAUACCAAUGACAGCUUUUGUACUCAUCGCGUUACAGGAGGGGAGUCUGAUUUGUACUGAAAAAGUCAGUAGCCUUCAGCAGAGCAUGGACAAGGCAGCAAGUUAUAUUUUGAACAACAUUGCUUCUGAAAGCAAUCCUUAUGCUGUGGCCAUUGCAUCUUAUGCUCUAGCAAAUGCUGGCAAACAGAAUCAUGAUGUACUGUUCAAAUUUGUCUCAGCAGAGCGCACUCACUGGACAGUUACGGGAAGUCAUUCUUAUACCCUGGAGGCCACUGGUUAUGCUUUGCUGGCACUUCUGAAGACUAAGAACUUUGAGGAAGCUGCACCAGUUGUGAAAUGGCUAAAGAGUAACCAAGAAUACAGCAAUAACUACCACUCCACUCAGGCUACUGCUUUGAUCGUUGAGGCAAUAACGAAGUACAUGACGGAGAUGCCACCACCACCCACUACUGGAGGUAUGAUUGUCACUGUCAGCUCCACUGCAAGAAAAAGCAGUUUCAAAGGCACGUUCACCAAAGCCACCAGAGGUUUACAGCGUUCUGCCAGGUUCCAAGCUAAUGGAGAUUUAACAGUGGUGGCUACCGGGGAAGGUGAAGGCUCCAUAUCAGUCAUCACACUGUACUACGCCAAACCUGACGAAAACUCCACAUCGUGCAAAAACUUCGAUCUGGAUGUGAAAUUUAUCAGAAACAGAACAAUUUCCUUUGACGGUGCACUUGCAACUUACACACUUUCUAUAGAGACCAAGUUUCUGAAUGACACCAAUGAAGCCGCAAUGACAAUUCUGGACAUCGGCCUGCUGACAGGGUUUGUACCAGAUACAAGCGAUCUGAAAAAGCUGAUGGGAACAGACAGGUACAUCCAGGAUUUUGAGGUGAACACACAACUUUCAGAACGCGGAUCUCUCAUCAUUUACUUGAAUAAGGUUUCAAAUGUAGUUAAAGAGAGAAUUGUUUUCAGGAUGCACAAGAUGUUAGAGGUUGCUCUCCCUCAACCAGCAGGAAUCGCAGUAUAUGAGUAUUAUGCUAAAGAGAACCGCUGUGUGAAGUUUUAUGACGUAGCUGAGCGAACGAGUGGAAAGCUUCACACCCUCUGCCCUACAGAAGUGUGCAGCUGUGCUGAAGCGAACUGCCCUCAGCUGAAAGGUCCUUCUGUCCCGGAAGAAAAUGAGCGCACCAAUGAAGCCUGUCGCAAAAAGGAUUUUGCUUACAAGGCAACUCUGAAAGAAGUUAAGCUAUCUAGGUCCACAAUCAUCUACGUCUUCACCAUAGUAGAAGUUCUUUUAGCAGGAUCUGAUCCAGUUCAUCCCAAACGUCAGAUUAAUUUUUUGGCUCAUUCUCAGUGCAAAGGUAAACUGGACCUGAAGGUGGGCAAAGACUACCUGAUCAUGGGGCCUGAGCCAAAGAAGGUUGCAGGAAGUUAUCGCUAUGUGCUUGUAUCACAGACCUGGAUAGAAUACUGGCCCACCUCCAGAGAAGGCCAGGAGAACAAGAACGACAACAGAGAGAGAUAUAAGGGUCUGGCAGGACUCAGCCAUCUUUUAGACACGUUUGGAUGCUCAACCUAAACUUGUUUAUAAAAGUAUACAUGGACAUGUGGAUUCAGAUUGUAGCAAAUUCCUAUAUGCUUCUCUGGUCACAUGUAUGCUUUCCCUUGAUCACUAACUUUCAUUAAUUACAACAAUCAUGUAACUAUUGCCUGCACUCUUUUUUGUCUUUCUGUGUUUGGCACUGACAUUUUUAUUAUACUGGUUUAAAUGAUUACUUUGUGCAUUUCUGACUUUGCUGGAUAUGCACUGCUUCACAUGUCCAUGAGAUAGUAUAUUAUACUCAUAAAUAAAUAAAUAAAUAAAUAAAUAAAUAAAUCAUUGGGGGCAUCAAAUGUCUGUGUGGAGAUGCUGUGUGUGCCAUGGUUAUUCUAAUGCCAUUGUCCAUUAUGUAUCUUAAUGAAUAUUUGAGCAAUUUUACCAAUAAAAGUAAGUAGCUUGAUUUAUAUAUGCACAAGACUUGUAGGAGAAAGAGGUCCACCAGGGGAUUUUAUUCUCCUGGAAAUGUUUUGGGGUCAGCUGAUCUGGAUUCUACUGGGGGGAUAGCAGUACAUUUGGUUUUGACAGGGGGAAAUAUUAUUGGCUAUAGCUUGGUUUAAAUUAUUGUGCUUGUUUUAAUAGUAAUAAUAAAUGAUAAAAUAAUAAAUGAUUUUAUGCAAUGUU